ACUGCCACAUCUCAAAUUCAGAGCUUGCAGAAGAAAGAGGAAAGAGAGAGAGAGAUCAAUUAUUUUACUGGGCAGGCGAGUUAAUGAUGAGAGCUGUUGAAAAAAUCUGCAAAUACUUUUCUUCUAUCUAAAGCUUUUGCCUCUCUCUCUCUCUCUCUCUCUCUCUCUCUCUGUAGAGAGGAGAUGGGGCCCAUAUGAAAUCUUAUUUUCCAACUGUGUUUCUUCCUUUUCUCCUGUGGAGCUCAAGGACACGACGUUGUUUGGGUCGUAAAAGACAGAACCUAGAAAAGUUGUCAGAUCAAACAAUGUGGCUGCCUGCCUGGAGUUUAUUAAAGCCUCAAGCUUGAGAUCCCUUUUGCUUAGUUGACAACAAUAUCUUCUCUCUCUCCAUAGCCUUGGCUUGAAAGAUAUCUCUUCUUCUCUAUAUAUUCUACCGUUUUGUCCGGCGAUCAAAAGAGAAACCCUGACUGAAUCUUGGCACCCAAAGAAAGUUUACUUCCUUCCUCCUGCAACUUGCCAACUCUUUAAUGGUUUCCCCUUGAGGGGAGUUUGGAAUCUAAGCAAAUUCACCAGAAUCUAAGGCACAUCUAUAGAGAAUAGCUUAUUAGUGAAGGAGCAUUCAAAACUGAAUUUACCAUAAGAAAGACAAGCCAUGGCCAAGAAAACUCAACGACGUGCAGCUGCUCGGGAUCAGUUAGGCUGCAUGUGGGGUUUUAUGAAUAUGUUUACUUUCCGCCAUGGUCCACUCUCUCCCAAGCUCCUUGUUGACCAAAAUCAUCAUGCUGCUGGAAAUCAUAAGAACAGUGAGCUUGACAAGUCCAACAAAUGCAGCAACAAGGCUGCUCAAGACACCCUUGUUGGUGAAGAACGAAAUGUCACAAUUACGAUUAUAAAGCCAAGUGUGAAGAAACUCAUAGCGGAAGAGUUGUUCAAUGACAAGGAAAUCAAGAAGCAGAGGGAGAAUGCUGAAGCAGGACAGUUGUCAGACUCUGAGCUCGAAGGAAGAAGAAGGAAAAACCAUAGGAGGAAAAACAAGACCCGCAAGAACAGCUGUGGUAACUUUAGCCAUAUAAUAAACAACACAGCUGACAUUGAAGAAAAGCCUCAAGUUCAUCACCGCAGACAUAAGAAGAGCCAUCAUGGCCCUGAAAGGAGUCUUGACAUUGAUAAUAUGAUCGAAGAGUUCUAUUCCGAGAUUCAUCGCAGAAGUACAAGCCGUGCAAAGGAUGGGGUGUUGAACCACAAACAAGAAGAUUAUAAAGAGAAACUGAGGGAGCUGGUCAAGUUUUUGAUUAGUCAGAAGCUUUUACAUGGGAACCGUCCCAAGGAAAACAGUGAGAUCCUUACGUCUAAGGACUUGAUGGAAGUGUUUCAGAUUCUUGGAUCAGAUGAGGAACUGUUUCUCAAACUUCUGCAAGAUCCAGAGAUACUUGUGCCAAGACAGAAAGGAGAAGAAAGAUUGAGCUUGUCUGAGAUAACAACAGGGGCAUCAUCAGAACAAUCUUCUCUCGCUGAUAAGAGAUGGUCUAGCAGCUUGUUCAGGAGGAAAGAUACGCCACAAGAAGGGACUGAUGACAGAGCAACGGAAGCUUCUUUAGACAGGAUUUACAUUCUGAAGCCUAGCGUUUCAAGUCCAGACACAGGUUGCUCGUCACCUGAUUCUCGUCUGAUGAGAAACAAACUGCACAACGAGAGAAACAGUUCACAUUUCUUUCUCUCUGAGAUCAAGAGGAAGCUGAAACAAGCAAUCAGAAAGGAGCAGCCUGGAGGAGUCCAGCGUGAGAGAGGGUUUCCUAAAAACGUGCCAACCAAAGAUCAUUUCUUCCUCGAGCGGAUGGCAAGGCCUUCAACAUCUCAGAAGAACAGUGAUGAAGAUAGAAAGCAAAGGGUGUCUAACAUUUAUACAGAGGCCAAGAAACAUCUGUCCGAGAUGUUGAACAGUGGAGAUCUUGAUUCGAAUAUAACAAGUAGACAGGUUCAAAGAACCUUAGGAAGAAUACUCUCUCUUCCUGAGUAUUUGUCUCCUCUAAGCAGUCCAGGAAGAAGAUGGGAGAAGAGCUCAACUGCACACAUGAAGUCUGUUUCAGCGGAUUAUAUAAAUGCUGUCAACAUCAAGAAAGAAACUCCUGUGAGCCAACCAGAGAAUGAAGUAACAAAAAGUUCUGAUGCUCAGGAUUCUGAUCUAAGCAAAGAACCUGACAAUGCUGUUGAGUCUCUCCAACCAACAGCAAGUGAAUCUUCUGAAAAAAGUGUGGACAUUGAGGAUGGAACUGUUAAAGAAGAUAAAAUUUCUGCUGCAGGUUCUGCAGAUGAUGUAAUGAUUACCAAUGAGAUAGGUAUGGUUACAGAGGAUGCAAGCUCGACUUUGGUUGGUGACUUAUCCAAAUUUGAAGCUCAGGAGGAACAGAUGGACUCUAUAAUCUCAAAACAGACCUCUCAUGAAGAGAACCAACCACCACUGGCUUCCUCUGUGGCCUCACCAUCCCACUGUUUAGCUAAAAGUGAAUCAGCUGCUAAUGAUAUUCCGGAAUGGUCAAGCCCAAUAUCAGUUCUUGAGCCACUCUUCAUUGAAGAUGACAUAAGCCCAUCAAAAAUAAAAUCUCAGUCUGAUGAACCACAGGUGCAACCUUGGUGUAUCCACUUCGAUGAAAAAGAAGAUUCUGCAGCUAAAAGCCGAGAGGAUGCUGUGAAAUCCAUCACAAGUGACAAGGAAUUGGUGUUUAAGUAUGUGAAAGCUGUGGUGGACGCAGUAGAGUCAGAUUUUCAGGAGCUCUAUCUGAAGGCGCAAUUCUCUGAUCAGCUUCUUGAACCGGCACUGAUCAGCAAUAUACCAUUCUGUCCAAACCAGCUUUGCCAUGACCAUGAGCUGCUCUUUGACUGCAUCAAUGAAGUUAUCAUGGAGCUCUGCUGUUGCCCUCCAUGGGCUUCGUUUGUCACACCGAGAACCAGGGUCUUCUCUACCGUCAAAAGCAUCAUUCACGAGGUUCAAGAAGCGGUCUACUGGCACCUCUUGCCAUUGCCACUCCCUCACGCGUUGGAUCAAAUAGUUAGGAAAGAUAUGGCUAAAGCUGGAAACUGGUUAGACAUCAGAUGUGAGAUUGACUGCAUUGGCUUUGAAACUAGUGAAUUGAUUCUAGAGGAAUUACUUGAAGAGCUCGCUCUAAUCUGCAUCAACAACACUGAUCAGCACUCUCUUGUUCCAGCUGAACCGAAGAUCGAUGAGAGCACCCUUGUUUUAUAAAAGGUCGUCUCUUCUUAAAGACAAAGCCAUUGUUGAGAGACAGCUGCAAGCUCUGAACAUAGCCUCACUACUGUCACCAUUGCUAACUUCCAUUAAUGUGUAUUACUCAAAAGACAAUAAACUUUCAGACUGCUGAGAGAGACAUAGAAGAGAUAAGACCCUUUCAAGACCAGAUGAGAAACAGUUUGUGGUGGGGUCAUUGCAGAAUCACUUUCAAAGACAGGAGGACCACGGGUCUCUUCCUUCUUUUAGUAUAUAGGAUAUGAUUUAUUUUAGUAUGAGUGUGUUUGGGUUUGUGUGUUGAGAUGGAGAGAGAGAGAUGUGAUGUAGUGUGUCUGGGUUUGAUUUAUUUGUGUAAUAUUUUCAGAAGUUUGACAUAUAACAACAAUGUAUUUAUAGGAACAUGAUCUGGGGGUGACAAUCUUAAAGAGUACUUUAUUUAUUAAUGAAAAUUUGAAGAUAUAUGCAAA